AUGUGUUGUGUGGAUAAUAUUUGUGUCUUUGGUGGUAACCCCACUGAACAUCAGGAAAACCUUCCUAAUGUGCUGCAUAGAGUGAAUAAACUAAAUCUCCGCCUGAAUACCAGCAAAUGCCAAUGCGCCGUAACGGAGGUCGAGAUUAUUGGACAUGUGCAGAACACCAGAUCCAUUUUCGAUUGUUCUACACGGAUGAAACAUUUCUUAGGUUUGUGUUCUUAUGACCUUCGAGAUGUACCGAAUUUUGCUACUAUUGCUGAACUGUUACAGAGAUUGUCGCGCCAAAACCAGGAGUUUCGUUUGGCUUUUAACCAAGACAAUGCCUACAUGACCAUACGAACGAUGACCGAAUCUACUCCCACGGUAGCGAUCUUCAAUGAGCACGCCCUAACGUUUGUUUCAACAGAUGCUUCAGAUGUUGGCUUGGGUGCAGUUCUGUCCCAACUGCGCGAUGUCGAGGAAAAAGUGAUUGCGUACGCAUCACGUACCGUAUCUGAUGCUGAAAGAAAUUAUUCUACCGGCGACAAGAAGGCCCUCGCAUGCGCCUGGCAUGUGAGAUAUGGCACUUUUACUUAUUCCGACGUCGAUUCACCUUGCGCACCGAUCCUUCUGCUC